AUGAAGGCUAUUCUCCUGGUCCUGACCCCGCUUAUCAUUGGACGAUUAUACAGCCAGCGCCGAGUGCGUCGCGCUCUGUCCAACACCAACGACAGCGCCUUAAAGAACAAGGACAACACCACCAAGACCACAGCCCUUCUCCUGGGGGUCGCCAUAGCAUUCCUGGUGCUUGUUAACCCUAUAGCUACCGCCCACAUUGUGACAGUAAUUACGGGCAGGAAUAUUUUCGAGACCAAUGAACCAGGAAUCCAGGUGUAUCGCGAGAUCGCUCAGUUACUGGAGACAACGAAUUACUCCAUCAACUUCUUCAUCUACGUCAUCUGGAAUCAGCAGUACCGACAACGCUUUCUCUCCAUGGUGUCCUGUCUUGUCUGCAAGUGCACAGGGAAGAAGUCCGCUUCCGGGCAGAGCGGAAAGGAGAACAGCGCCAACAAAACGCUUCAGACCGGCCUCAGCAAGGGGGCGGCCACCAGUGAGGGUGAAAAAGGGGGCAAUGCUGACAGCAAGGAAGAUCCCCCGAAGACGCAAAAUUCUGUGAAUGGGGACGCCGCUCCCAACCAAGAUGAGGUUAUUAGCUUUGAUGAUGCAAAAUGUGAUUCGGUUCAGGUGUCCAACGUAAACGAAAGUGAAAGCCAUGCUGCAGAAGUAUGUAUCGUCCCCAGUGACGUCAUGGAGUAG